AUGUAUGGAAAUUACACAAAUAACAUCUGCAACAGAGGCCUGCUCUCUGAAUACAAGGACAAGCUGAUCCAGGCUAUUAAAAGAAUCCAGCAUGAAGCGGACGACUGCAGGGAGGCAGAGAACGAGACAUACGUUGAGUCGGUGAAACUUGAGAGCCAGUUUGACAGCCUGGAACGAGAGAUCCGAGCUGAGUUCGGGAAUCUUCAUCGAUACCUGGACGAGGAAGAACGCAAAUACCUGGAGCGACUGAAGACUGAGCAAGGGAAAGCGCUGAAAAGACUGAAAGAGAGAGAGAAUGCCAUCUACCAGCAACGCAAGGACCUGGAGGGAGCAAUAGCUGUGCUCAAUGCCAAACUGAGCGAAGAGGAGAGCGCCAAUAUGCUCAAAGACAUACAAGAUCUUAUCAAAAGAUCUCAGGUAAGAUUCAUUCCCCCUGCAGAGCUUGACCGCGAGUUGCACUCAAGCUACUUUGUGGGUCCCAUCCAGUACAGAAUAUGGAAGCACAUGAAAAGCAGCCUGUACCCAAAUAUAACACAGGUCGUGUUCGACAAAGACACAGCCCACCAUCUCCUGUCCAUGUCCUCGUCCUGCACCUCAGUGUGGUUUGACGACACUAAAGAGGCGCCAGAAUGCUGCCGAGAUAACCCCAAACGCUUCCACUACUACUACUGCGUGCUGGGCCGUGAGGGCUUCAGUGUGGGGCGACACUACUGGGAGGUGGAAGUGGGCAACAAGACCGCGUGGAGGCUGGGUGUGGCGCGGGCUGACAUGCCCAGAGGGGAGAUGGCAGCCACGGGCACAUCAAGUGGUCUUUGGACUUUGGCCCUUAAGAACGGAGACAUCUUGGCAUGCACUGAUCCCACACCUGCCAAGGUCAAUGUGCCGCUAAGCCUGAGUCGUGUUGGCGUGUUUUUGGACUGUGAAAGAGAAGAGGUGUCUUUCUAUAAUGCUGAGAAUAUGUCACCUGUCUACACCUUUGCCACAGGAACACUUUUAGUCCCUGUACAUCCCUUCUUUAACCCCUGUGAUACAGAUGAUGGCAGAAACACAGCUCCCAUUCGCAUCUUUAGCCCCUCGCUAUGACCGAGGGCUUUGUUCAUUCCUGUAAAACGCAUUAGAGCUAAAGUACUUUCAAAAAAACAUUUGGGGUGACAUUUUCCUGAAGAAUUUACGAAUAAACGGAAGUCACAAUGUUUCAUUUCAAGGAUUGCGUCCUAAAAAAUAGCAUAAUAACGACAACUACAAUUCUCAUUUUAAUUUUUUUUUCUAACCAA